GUUACAUCCGUGUCGUUUGACGGUUACGUCUAUGUUCACGCAAUAUGGAAGUGCAUUAAUUGUUUUGUUUGACAUUCGCGUUCGUAAAUUAAAUAUAUCAAAAUAAUAAAAAAGAACACGUACCAGACAGAAGUUUUAAAAAUAUAAUGUUGAAGCACAUUUUUGUUGUAACUACGAUUGUAUUAAUAUGUUUGUCAGAAUCUGAGGCGCAGUAUGAUGAUAAACGGUGCAAAUGCAUUUGUCCUAGUCUUCCAUCCGUUAUAAAUACAACACAAUCGUCGUCAGAACGGAAAACAUAUAUUAUAAAUGUUCCACCGUCUGAAUGUAAAUGUGAAAAUGUUGUAUUGUCAAAAGUGGGAGAUCAGUUGAAAGGUAAAGAAGAAAUUUUUUGUUCACGAUGUGAUUGUAAAUAUGAAAACAGGAAUACCACCAUUAUCAAAAUAGUAGUGAUACUUGUUAUUUGGGUUAUAUCUCUGUUAGUAAUUUAUAUGUUAUUUUUGAUUUGCCUGGAUCCAUUGUUAAAUAAAAGAAUUCAUAAAGCUUCAACAAAUAUUGGCUAUCACGAACACAAUAAUGAAGAUGACGAUUCCUCAACAGCUCCUGGAACAUUUCAUGCCAUGGGCGAAAGAGGUAAUGUUUUAAAUCGUGUUGGUCACCAACAAGAUAAAUGGAAACGUCAAGUUCGUGAGCAGAGACGUAAUAUUUACGAUCGGCAUACUAUGCUUAAUUAAAGUGUACAAUUCUGUUUAUAGAAGGAAUUAAAUAUAAUAAAUAACAAUACAA